CAAAAUGGCCACUCAUGGACGUUAAACAACAUCUAUCAAGGAAAUUGUUGCGCCUAAUGCCAUUACUUAGUAAAUGAACAAAUAAUAUUACUUCUAUUUGAAUUCUUUAUCCUUAUAAUUUUUUUACUUUUUUUCUGGUUUGUUUGUAAAUUAUACUAUAAAUACUAAAAAUCAUGAGUAAUUAUGAAGACGAUCAAAGUGAAGAUGGAGAAUUAGCACGGAGUCCUAUACACGACGAAAUGGAUUUCAGUUUAUCUGACGAAGACAGAGAUAACCCAGAUGCACUGAUUAUCAAGCCUCCUCAAGCAGUGAUUAGAACCACACACAGGGACAAGCGCCACAAGAGAUCUGCAAAAGAUAAAUACAAAGACACAUCUAGAAAAGAAAAGAAGCAUCUCUUCAGGGACCGUGAUAAGUCUGAAAAAUCUAAAAGAGAACUUAUAAAAACUUCUGAUCGAGAAGAAAUGGCCAAAGAUUACUAUAGAGAAAAACAAUACUACAGGGAAAAAGAUAUUUAUAGAGAGAAAGAAAUGUUUAGAGACAAAGAAACAUAUAGAGAAAAAGAGUUGUAUAGAGAUAAGGAAAUCUACAGAGAGAAAGAAAUUUAUCGGGAGCCUAAGGAUAUGUACCGUGAGAAAGAAAUUAGAGAAAAAGAUCCAUAUCGUGAAAGGGAAGCAUAUAGAGACAAAGAACCUUACAAAGAAAGGGAACAUUAUAGGGAUAGAGAAAUGUAUAGAGAAAACCCCAACUUUAGAGAAACCACCAGGACAAGGGAAACAUUUAGAGAAAAAGAUGCAUUCAAAGACAAGGAGGUCCAAAGAGAAUUGUACACGGGAAAUAGAGAAAGAGCUUAUAAAUAUACAGAGAUAGAACGUAAACGUGCUGAUCCUGAGAGAAUAGAAUCUAGAUUAAGACAAUUAGCAGACGAAAGCCAUAGUAACCAUAAUAAUGAAAAAGAAAACCGAGAUAAAACUUCUGGUGAUAAAGAACUAGAGGAUUUAAGAACAAGGCUACUUAGUAAACGUAUAUCAAAAGAAUUGCAAAGUCAAGAGUCAAAGAAAAGUUCAGAGUAUAUGGAUAAGGAAACAAAAUCAGAGCAUCAUUCUUCUCUCGACAAAUUACAGCAAGAACGAAGAAAGCGAAUGAUUGAAGCAGAACGAGAGAAAGAAAAAAGAAAACACGAAUUCCGAAGUGAGUUAGAAGCAAGACGCGAGGAACGGCGUCGCCGCGGUAAAAAACGCUCAAUUUCACCAGAGGACAAGAAAUCUUUCAAGAAAAGUAAAUCGGAACAGUCACCUUCGUAUGGAGAUUCUGUUGUGACUGUCUCUGAUGCUAGUGACAUCGAAAUAAAGAGUGAUUCCCAUUCAGAACCAGAAGAUGGUGAACAUACAAAUACGGAUACUGCUGAUGAAAGUUCAAGUACUGAUUCUGAUUCUGGAGCUGAAUCCAAAACAGAGGAGGAGCACGAUGAUAAUGAUAAAUCAGACAAGGAGAUAGAAAAUUCAAAACUUUGUGAUAAAGUCAGAAUUAAGUCUCAAUCAAAAUCACCCAUACCAGAUAUAAACCAAAAGAGUCCUUCAUCACAUGGUUCUAGAAGGUCACAAUCAAGGUCAAAAAGUAGAAGUAGAUCACAUUCAUUUUCACCGCCGCCUCUAGGAGAAGCAGCAAAGACUCUUGAAGAAGAAACACCGAAAGAAAAUGAAGAGAAGUCCAGACUGCGAGAAGAAGUCAUCAACUCUUUGCCACCAUAUUAUCCUGCUUUGCAGGGCUGUCGAUCAGUUGAAGAGUUUCAGUGUCUCAACAGAAUAGAAGAGGGUACAUAUGGAGUUGUUUAUAGAGCACGUGAUAAAACAACUGAUGAAAUUGUAGCAUUAAAACGACUUAAAAUGGAAAAGGAAAAAGAAGGAUUUCCAAUUACAUCACUAAGAGAGAUCAACACAUUACUUAAGGGUCAGCAUCCGAAUAUCGUCACGGUGCGAGAAAUCGUAGUCGGCUCCAACAUGGACAAGAUCUUCAUCGUCAUGGACUACGUAGAGCACGACCUGAAGAGUCUCAUGGAAACAAUGCGCGCCAAGAAACAAGUCUUUCUACCUGGAGAAGUAAAAUGCCUUAUGACCCAACUACUGAAAGCAGUUCAUCAUUUGCAUGAUAAUUGGAUAUUACACCGUGAUCUUAAAACUAGUAAUCUUCUUUUGUCACACAAGGGUGUAUUGAAGGUGGGAGAUUUUGGCCUUGCUCGAGAGUAUGGAUCGCCGCUCCGUCAGUACACUCCUGUGGUCGUAACUUUAUGGUACAGAGCACCAGAGCUGCUUUUGUGUUGUAAAGAAUAUUCCACGCCUAUUGAUGUGUGGAGUGUCGGCUGUAUAUUUGCCGAAUUCGUAAGCAUGAAUCCUUUGUUUCCGGGGAAAAGCGAAGUAGAUCAACUGAAUCGAAUAUUUAAGGACUUGGGGACGCCGACGGAUUUAGUAUGGCCUGGAUACAGCGAGAUGUCCGUCGUCCAGAAGAUGACGUUUGCUGACCAUCCGCCCGGCGGGCUGCGCCAGCGGAUAGGACAAGACUUGCUAUCGGAGACAGGACUGUCGCUGUUGCAAGGUUUCUUAACAUACAAUCCCGCCAGAAGACUGACUGCGGAGGCCGCACUAGAACACGCUUACUUUAAGGAGCAACCCGUGGCGAUCGACCCGGCGAUGUUUCCAACGUGGCCGGCCAAGUCGGAAGGCAACCGUCGCACGACGCACAGCCCGCGGCCGCCGGCGGGGGGCGCCGCCUACGCCGCGUACUCGCGCGCCGACUCGGACGAGGCGCUCGGCUUCCACGUGCACCAGCGCUCGCUCAACGUAGCGCCCGGCUUCUCGCUCAAGUUCUAACCACGCCGCUCUUUGUUACGUACGAUUACGUAAUAGGGUAAAUAAGAAAACAAUGACUCAAAUUUAUUGAAGAAAAUUAUCUCGUGAACGAAUAAUAUGUUGGUAUACUUAAUAUUGUUUAAAUUUAAUAGUAAUAUUUUUUUGGGACAUUUUUAAUUACCGAAGCGUCUUUCGUAAACGUUUUGAAAAUGGCAUUUUGUUUCUUAUAAUAAGUUUUUACGAUAUGUAAAUGUCAAAUACUAUGUUUUGCAUUAUGUAUACAUGUUACGGUCAUGUAGUUAAUCUUAUAGUUUAAAUUAAAAAUUGUAAAACUUACUGUUAGAAUUAUUUGUACGUUACACAUUAUUAAUUACAAUAAAAACUCGUAAAACUGCUGAAUGUAGUAAAAAAUCUCUAAAAUAAUUGUUAGUGAUAUAAUUAACACAAUGAAAAUAAAGACUAGUUGUUCUUUCUGUAUUGAGAAACUGUAAUACAUUUCAAGUAAAUGGAAAGUAUUGUAAUAUUCAAUCUACUUUUGAUCUACUUGUUAUUGAAAUCAUCAUACAUGUAAAUAUUGUCAUGUUGUCAUAAUUUGUAAUAUAGUGGUGUAUUAAAAUGAAAAAAAAAAAAGAUAAAAAUAGUGUUAAAAGAG